AUGAAAUUCAUAGUUUUUUUUUUUUUAUUUUUUCUUUUAAAAGUGAUAGACAGGGUUGCAUAUGGAAAACCCACUGAAUUGAUGUGUUUAAAGGAGGAUGUAUAUUUAGGUGAUAGCUUUUAUUUUUUGAAAAAGAAAAAAUAUAUUCUUUACGAUGUAAAUAUAGGGGAAGGAUUCAACCUUCAGAAAGAAAUAUUUUAUAGGCUAAGUUUGGUCACAUAUAAUAUGAACAAGGAUGAUAAAAGAAACAUAUAUUAUCUUGUGCUUCCACCUUGGUGUUAUGUUACACACUGGAAUCGAAAAAAAAAAAAUAAAAUAACCUGGAGUUUUUUUUUUAAUACAGAUAUUAUGAAAAAGGUUAUUCCUAUUAUAGAAUAUGAAGAAUAUGAAAGAAUAUACGGCAAUUUUUGUGAUAUAAUGAUAAAUAGUAAAUAUAUGUUUGAUAAUUAUAAAGAAAAGAGUUUUAUGAUUUUGCCAUUUGAAGAAUGCAAUAUGAAUGCUAAUAGAUUCAAACAAAUAUGUAAAAAAUGUAAUCAUAAAUAUAAUGUUAUAUAUUCUGGUUAUUGCAUAACAAUAAACACAAAACAGAGUGAAUGUUAUUCAUAUAGAAUGAUAAGUAGUUAUUUUAUAACUUUUAUAUUACAAAAUUUAUAUCUAUAUAAUAUUACAUCUGUAUUAAUAAAACAAAGUACAAAUAUAUUAGUACCUUUUGCUAAUGAGUUAUAUGAAAAUAAUAUAGAAGAUAUAUUAUUAUUUAAUAAUAAAUUAUUAUCAUAUGGAGAUAAUUAUAUAUAUAAUAUAUUAAAAACAUAUAAUUAUAUAAGUUCACAUUUAAGAUAUAAUGAUUUCAGAAAUAUAGCUAGAUAUAAUAUUCCACCUAUACAUAUUGCUUUAUUAAAAUUAUUAUAUAUUAUGUUUAUUCAUAAUUAUGAUAUAAUUUUUAUAGCUUCUGAUGAAAAAGUACAGAUACAAAAAGUUAUUCAUAAGCAUUUUAAUCAAUAUAAAAACUAUUUCUAUUUUUAUAAUAAUAAUAAUAAUUUACAUGAAGGAGAAUUUGCUAUUAUAGAACAGUGGAUAUGUACUAGGUCUCAUAUUUUCAUAGGCAAUAUAUUUUCAAGAUUUACUAUGCAUAUAAACUGGGAAAGACAUUUAAUAAAUAAAGGAAAUUUUAACCAAAAUUUAGAUCUCUGUUCUUAUCAUAUAAAUAAUGAUAACGAUCAAGAUAUAAAAAGUAGUUAUAAAAAUGUAAGAAAUAUUUUUAAUCAGAAAGCAUUGGAAAGAAUUAAAAGUAUAUAUGAUAAUUAUUCAAAGAGCGAUCAAAAAUAUAUUACUACUAUAUGUUACAACUUCCCUUCUCAUUUUCCAAAUAAUAUAAGUAUAUAUAGAAAGCAAUAUAUUAGCAAUACAUAA